AUAACUAUAUCACCUGAUUCAAAAUUUGCACGAAUUUGGUGGAAACCUGAAGGGCAGAAAGGUAUUAGUAAGGCUGCCAUAGAACAACAACUUCGUAUUCAUCUGGCUCAAUAUCGCAGUAUGCUUCAACGCUCUAUGCAUGUUCAUAAACCUCCAAAAAUAUUAUUUUGUCGAGAGGAUUUACAAUUAGGUGAUAUCAACAAAAUUUUAGAUCAGAUUGAAGCUGAGACUAAAAUGAC